GGCGUCAGCCCGCAGCCCAGAGGCGCGAUCGCUUCUGCUCGGCUCGCCCCUUCUCCGCGCACCCCCGCGGCCCGGCCCGGCCCGGCCCGGCCCGGCUGACGUGAGGCCACCCGAGCCGCUCCAGGCAGCGCCAGCGGCCGGGCGGGCGGCUCCUGAGCACGGCCUGCGGCCUCUCUCCGGCGGCGGGGAGCCGCGGCAAGGCGAAGGCGGUGGCGGGGAGAGCAGCCAUGUUGGAGCGGGGAAUAAAGUGACUUUCGUCGGGGAGGGGAGCGCGGCCGGCGGCCCGGCGGAGGCGGCGGCUCUCGGGCCAGCGAAGGGAGGGGGCUCGGCUCCCAGCGGCCGGAUACCGCUCCUGGGCGGAGGAGGAGAGGAAGGAGCAGGGGGAGAGCGACAGCCCCCGGACCCGCGGAGCUCCGGCGCUGCUGGCUUCCUUAAGCCAGACUUAACACUGAUAGAAUGAAAAAGUUUAAGAGGAGACUUUCCUUAACCUUGCGCGGAAGCCAUACCAUUGAUGAGUCGCUGUCUGAGCUAGCGGAACAAAUGACAAUUGAAGAGAACAGCAGCAAAGAUAACGGUGUGAGUAAUAAUGGAAGGAUCAGCUACAGUAAAGUGCAGCCUAUUGUGAAGAAUGGCAGGCCUCCAACGUCUCACAGCAUGCACUCAUUUCUGCACCAAUACACGGGAUCUUUCAAGAAGCCCCCUUUACGGAGACCACAUAGCGUCAUAGGGGGCAGCCUCGGCUCUUUCAUGGCAAUGCCCAGAAAUGGGAGCAGAUUAGAUAUUGUUCAUGAAAAUCUGAAAAUGGGGUCAGAUGGUGAAAGUGACCAAGCUUCUGGAACGUCAUCUGAUGAAGUUCAGUCUCCCACAGGUGUUUGUCUCAGAAACCGGAUACACAGAAGAAUCUCAAUGGAGGAUUUGAACAAGCGCUUGUCCCUGCCUGCUGACAUCAGGAUACCUGAUGGCUACCUUGAAAAGCUGCAGAUCAACAGCCCACCCUUUGAUCAGCCGAUGAGUCGACGUUCCCGUAGAGCAUCACUAUCAGAAAUUGGAUUUGGAAAAAUGGAAACCUAUAUCAAGUUAGAAAAGCUUGGAGAGGGUACUUACGCAACAGUUUAUAAGGGGAGAAGUAAAUUGACAGAAAACCUGGUGGCUCUGAAAGAAAUCCGCCUGGAACAUGAAGAGGGAGCACCAUGCACAGCCAUACGAGAAGUGUCGUUAUUAAAAGAUCUGAAGCAUGCAAAUAUUGUUACACUACAUGAUAUCGUGCACACAGACAAGUCUUUGACUCUUGUUUUCGAGUAUCUGGAUAAGGAUCUGAAGCAGUACAUGGAUGACUGUGGUAACAUCAUGAGUAUGCACAAUGUAAAGCUAUUUUUAUACCAGAUUCUUCGUGGUUUGGCAUACUGUCAUAGAAGAAAGGUAUUACAUCGAGAUCUGAAGCCACAAAAUCUACUAAUUAAUGAGAAAGGAGAACUGAAGCUUGCAGACUUUGGACUGGCUAGAGCGAAGUCAGUUCCUACAAAGACCUAUUCCAAUGAAGUUGUCACGUUAUGGUACAGACCACCUGAUGUUCUCCUUGGAUCUUCAGAGUAUUCAACUCAAAUUGACAUGUGGGGUGUCGGGUGCAUAUUUUUUGAAAUGGCAUCAGGAAGACCUCUUUUUCCAGGUUCAACUGUUGAAGAUGAACUGCACUUAAUUUUCAGACUUCUGGGAACCCCAUGUCAAGAAACAUGGCCAGGCAUUUCUUCCAGUGAUGAAUUUAGAAACUACAACUUUCCCAAGUAUAAACCUCAACCCCUGAUCAACCAUGCACCAAGGCUAGACACGGAAGGAAUUGAAUUGAUAGCGAAGUUCCUUCAAUAUGAAUCAAAGAAGAGAAUUUCAGCAGAAGAGGCCAUGAAACACACAUACUUCAGGAGUCUUGGAACAAGAAUACACACUUUGCCUGAAAGUGUUUCAAUAUUCAGUCUAAAAGAGAUUCAGUUGCAAAAAGACCCUGGCUUUCGAAAUUCCACUUACCCAGAGACAGGACACGGGAAGAACAGAAGGCAGAGCAUGCUUUUUUGAAGUGGGUGAUGCAGAGUCAAGCCCAAGCCUAUCCUGUCGGUCGUGGACUCGGAUCUGAAGGCAGUGCUCUCUGUUGGUGGACUUGGAAUCGCAGUUUGUCUACACUGUCCUCUUCACAGUGGAGUCUUUUUAUUUCCAACCUGCAGAUUAUGUUUUUAUAUUUGUUGUCACAGUGUGACAAUUUUUUGUACAGUUGGUUUUAAGGUCUCCUCUGCCACUAGAGCCAGUAGGUUACAGCUGUUGAUGUAACUGUAGCUGCAAUUUUUGUGCAGGACUGAGAAAAACAGUGCAUUAUUUAUUGCGGAAUCAUUGCUGCUAAAUAACUACUGUCUGUAUAGUUAACACAACAGUUCCAUGCUGAAGAAGUUGCAAUGGCUUUAUAAUAUGUGAAUGCAUCUGUUUCUCUUCAUAAAAUGUUCUACUGCUGCGGGGUUAUUUUGUAUUUCUUAAACUGCAGUGUUUCCUGGAAUGUAAGCAUAGCUUUGCUUGGCUAUAGGUGAACCAUCUUUAAUGGUCUAAGUUCAUGGCACUUAAUUCUUUAUUUAACAUUGGAAGUAUGUGUUGAAAUAGUUGAAAAAUGAUAAUGCAUAUAUUGGUUUUGAAAAGCACAUGGUGUGAAAGUUGAUUGAAACAAGUGAACUGUAACUGUUGUUCACUGUCAGAUCCUAUGGUAGUUAUUGAUAAAUUAGAGCAUAAAGGCUGGAUGAUAAAUUUUGUUAGACUUACUCCAGCACAAGGUAUUUGCACAUUGUUGUGCAUAUGGGGCCUGCAGAAGCAAUGACUUGCAGAAGCAAUUACUUUUUUACCUUGUUUUUAACUUAGAAAUACAAGUAGUAAAAAGAUGAUUCAUAUACAUUGUACCCUGGCUUACUUUUGAAAUUUAGAAUCUUUUCAUUACAGACGAGCAGAGCAACUAAUUACAAGAACAUGGGAAUAAUGUCACACUUUUCCCACCUUGUUGCUCUCCCAUUUGUGCAUUAUUCACUUGAAAUCAACUGGAAAGAUGCGAGUUUGUACUUGAUAAGAACUCACUGUUCUACAGAGCUUUUACAAUGGGGACUUAGAGAGUUUUUCAGAUCUUAGAUGUUAUCUGUUUACCAGAGGUAGUAAACAUGUUACUACUAUGCUUAUGCAUCUCAGUGAGUAUCAUAAGUACACCCUUGGUGAUGGUUACAGUAUUUUUAAGCAUUUGUGUUCACCUUUAUGAACCUAUUUGUUUAGUGCAUCUUAAAAGAGACUGUAAAUCUUUAUUGGUAUAUUUUGAAAUGGUCAUGUAAAUCUUUGGCUGGUAUAUCAUGAAAAUAGUCAUAGAUAACUUAAUUUUUCCUGACAUUCACUGUAAAACAUUCAGGGGUCCUACCAUUUCUGUUCAGGAAAUCUUGUAGUUUAUUGUUAUUUAACAGUAUUAAGUGAAUUUUUGUAUAUUUCAUUUUAACUUUAUUUGUGAAUAGUGAUUGUGGCAUGUUUGGGGUUGUUCUAUUAAUAUUUCAUUGAUACUGGUAAAAUUGAAUUGGUUUUUUGUUUUGUUUCUUUUUUUUUUUUUUUUUUUUUUUUUUUGUCGUUGUUUAAUUUCUGGAAGAGAGAAAUUCAUGUGUAAUGGUGACUAUUGGACCACUACUGCUUUUCAGCAUUUGUAAACCGGUUUUACGUUAAAUCUUGUAGACCUAACAAACUGCUGUUAUUUCUAACUGACCCACCUGUAUUAAUAUUGUACUUUUGAAAGUAUAAAUAUGAUGUGGAAUUCUUUGGUUUUGUUUUGAAAUUUAUAAUAACAAAGGCCCUGUGUUGUUAAAAAUACAGACUUAAGUGAACUUGCGGUUCUUGGGGCAUUGUUGGGAACGUUGAGCCUGGAUCCAUGUGUUGUGGGAGUCGCCAGGUUCAACUUUGGCUUCGGAAGUAGUGGCAGCGCCAAGUAACGUGACUCAUCCAUGACCGAGGCUGUUCAGAAUCUUAUCUUUAAAUAUGGUCCAUAGUCUUUAAGUGUUAGCAAGGAAGUCCUGCAUGUCGCUCAGUAUCAGAAGUCUUGCAUAGGUCUAGGAGUGUAAGACGUGUCUCCAGUACAUGUCUGUGUCCUGUAGGGAUACCAGUGGGAGUGGCGUGUGUCAGAGGCAGAUCUGGCACUGCUGAAAAACCUUUGCCCCAAAAUAGUUAUCUAUUUUUUUAUAGUUGCUAUGGAUCUGCUCUAGAUUUUAUACUGAUUAACUUUGUAGGACAACAUGGUAGAAGUGACGGUGUUGAAGAAAGAGGUAUCAGAAAAACAUCCCCUGUUUUUUUACAGAAGUAGUGCAGAUACAGAGUAAAUGUUGGCUGUGGAUAAAUGUGGGAUUUAGCGUUGCUAGAACAGUAAGAUUUUAUAGGUCGUAAAAGAACAAGUAAUAACGUGACACUAAUGAGUAAAGGACUUAAAGGUUUAACUGCUAAAAUGAAGUGCAUUAAAAAAUGUAGAAAGGGAUCAGCUGCAGCUAACAAAAGGAGGUUUCCAUUUUAAGUAGGAACUCAGCUUUUUUGUUACAGAUGAAAAGAUCUUCCAUAAAAUUAAAGAACUCUGUGUAUAAAGAGAUUUUUCUAAGGACCCGCAAGUGAAUUGGUUUACUUCCUUAGGAGGUAGCUUUAAAGAAUGUAUUUCUUAAGAAACUUGGCAUCUGUGGUCAAGCCAGUUUCUUCUUUUUUUUUCUUUUUUUUUUUUUUUUUUUUCCCCUAACUGUCUAUAAUUGAAAUUCCUGCAUCAGCGAAGUCAGUUCUGUGGCAGCUGCCUGCUUGAGGCAGUAGUCAGCGAGUCUGAAGUUGCUGGGCAUUUCUUCGACAUCCAUUGUGUGCAGUUCAGUUCUCCCUCCUGUCUGACAUCAUCAGGCACUGAGGACUUGGUUUCACUGUCCCCAAGAUCUUUCAGGACUGCUGGCCUUUUUGGGAGAAGACCUCAACCAUGAUAAAAACCAAACAGGUAGUUGUUAACAAAAGGUGUAACAACCUUGGUUUUAAGAUGAGUAAUGGGUUAAUGAGAAAUAGCCUGCAAGUUGUUGCUGAUGAAGUAAUUAUUUCUAGAAGAUAUCCAGUGUAUCCCAUCUACCCUGGGGUAGGAAUGCCAAGGUGUGUGUAUGGCUGCAUGUAGGAAUAAGGUGGGCUUGAAGACAGGAAUGAGGCAGGUGGUGAGGAUGUUGCGUGCACAUGGAGAUGAAGGCUGAUGGAGAGGAAAGGUGGGUGGAGGACAGGGAUUUACAGGGCAGGACAGAGCAGGAGAUGGAAGGGGCAAACCAGUGGCUCAGCAGUGCUCUAGUGGAACGUGCAUCUCGGCACAGCUGCGUUGUUUUUGUGCUGCUUUACCACAGCAUUAAGUAGCCAGAGUGUAUCCCUGAAUUGGGCAAUAAAAGUUAAAAUAAACAAUUAUUAAAGAAUCAA